AUGCCUGAUUGGAAGACGGAGUCAACGUCGAAGAAGGAAGGCACAACUGCAAAUAAUGACGGCUUAGCUUUCCAAGUAUUGCUGGUAGUGUGUUUAACUGUAUACGUCGUGACUGCUAUAUGGUUACUCCUAAGAUCAUAUUGUCUCGCAUAUUCGAGUCUAGCCUCCGGAGCAACUGAUCCUGCAAUAGCAAAUGUAUCUCCCCAGGACAGCAUGGAGAGAAGAUUGGACUGUCUAGAAAGAGUUGCGCCGACCAAGCCCUUCAAAAUCUGGUGGUUGUCUAUUCAAACGAUACGAUCCCCGCUAAAACAAUCCGAUCAUAUAUUCACAUGUUCUAUCUGUCUUGAUAAGGUCCGCAAGAAGGACCCCAUCCACACCCUUCAAUGCCACCACGUGUUUCACAGAGAGUGCCUAGAGAAUUGGUUCUUGGGAUUUCAUAAUCAGUGUCCCAUGUGUAAAAAGCCCUUCUUUGAAGAGCUCGAUAUGAGCCCGGAAUGUGCAGUGUAG